AGCAACAAGCUAACUGUGAUGAGUCAUGUGUAAUUUCCUUCUCAGGACAGCGACCUGUAGAGUCAGUGUUAAAUAUUUAACAUGCAUAUACAUGUCCCUACAUGUAGACUGAGCUAACGGAAACACUCGUGUGUUCGUGUGUGUGUGUGUGUAUACAUAUACACACACAGUAUAACUCAUUUAAAGGGACUUUGUUUACUGUUGAGAUGCCAUAUUGGAAUGACGUCACGCGUAGGAAUUUCAAGCUGUUUUUGUUUUUUGGUUGGGAAUUACAAGUUACGACGUCAGUCCCCAGUAUACAGAUAUAAUCCUUUGCUGCGGCUGUGUAACCGGCAGGGUGCAGUGUUGAGUUUGGUGGUAUCGAGUAAAACCACCACCACACUGGAGAAGAAGAAGAGCGCGAGCGCUGUGACAUACGACACAGGAGUCUACUACAGCUUCCAUUAAUUGGAUUGAAAGGCUAGAAUUAACAAUGAGUCGCUCUUAUAACGACGAAUUGCAGUUUUUGGAUAAGAUCGACAAGACAUGUUGGCGAAUCAAGAAGGGGUUCGUCCCAAACAUGAAGGUGGAGGGUGUCUUCUAUGUCAACGAGUCGCUGGAGAAGCUGAUGUUCGAAGAGCUGCGAAACGCAUGUCGUGGAGGAGGUCUUGGCGGAUUUCUGCCCGCUAUGAAGCAGAUCGGGAAUGUGGCGGCUCUGCCGGGAAUCGUGCAUAGAUCUAUAGGCCUGCCUGACGUUCACUCCGGAUACGGUUUUGCGAUCGGGAACAUGGCUGCUUUCGACAUGAGCGACCCGACGGCGGUUGUCUCACCAGGUGGUGUAGGGUUUGACAUUAAUUGUGGUGUGCGCCUGCUGAGAACCAACCUGGAUGAAGGAGACGUGCAGCCGGUGAAGGAACAGCUGGCCCAGGCUCUCUUUGACCACAUCCCUGUAGGAGUCGGGUCCAAGGGAGUCAUUCCCAUGAAUGCCAAAGAUUUGGAGGAGGCCCUGGAGAUGGGGAUGGACUGGUCUCUGCGCGAGGGCUACGCCUGGGCUGAAGAUAAAGAGCACUGCGAAGAGUACGGCAGAAUGCUGCAGGCCGACCCGAACAAGGUUUCCUCCAAGGCCAAAAAGAGAGGACUGCCGCAGCUUGGGACGCUGGGAGCAGGGAAUCACUACGCCGAGAUCCAGGUGGUGGACGAGAUCUACAAUGACUACGCAGCCAAAAAGAUGGGCAUCGACCACAAGGGUCAGGUGUGCGUGAUGAUCCACAGCGGGAGUCGUGGGCUGGGACAUCAGGUGGCCACAGAUGCUUUGGUGGCCAUGGAGAAGGCGAUGAAGCGUGACAACAUCGUGGUAAACGAUCGGCAACUCGCUUGUGCCUGCAUCGGUUCUCCUGAAGGUCAGGACUACCUGAAGGGCAUGGCGGCUGCAGGCAACUACGCCUGGGUCAACCGCUCCUCCAUGACCUUCCUUACACGUCAGGCCUUCUCCAAAGUGUUUAACACCACACCUGAUGAUCUGGAUAUGCAUGUGAUCUAUGACGUGUCCCAUAACAUUGCUAAAGUGGAGGAGCACAUGGUGGACGGCAAGCAGAAAACCCUGCUGGUGCAUCGUAAGGGCUCAACACGGGCUUUCCCCCCUCAUCACCCUCUCAUCGCAGUCGACUACCAGCUGACUGGUCAGCCUGUGUUGAUUGGUGGCACAAUGGGCACCUGCAGCUACGUGUUGACUGGCACUGAGAAGGGCAUGACUGAAACUUUUGGCACCACCUGCCAUGGCGCAGGUCGGGCACUGUCCCGAGCUAAAUCCCGCAGGAAUCUGGACUUUCAGGACGUUUUGGACAAACUGGCUGAUAUGGGCAUCGCCAUCAGAGUGGCUUCACCAAAACUGGUCAUGGAGGAGGCCCCAGAAUCCUACAAGAAUGUAACAGAUGUGGUGAACACGUGCCAUGACGCCGGCAUCAGCAAGAAGGCCAUCAAGCUUCGACCCAUCGCUGUGAUUAAGGGUUAAACGUGAGCGCCUCAUCACCGCCAGCGAAUGGUUAAGCUGAGAGAUCGUUCCCACGGGCAAAUAAACAGAGCGGAUGAUUUGGGAACACGGGCGAGAGAGUGGCUGUUGUCUUUAUAGAGGCAAGACUUUGGCAUGCGUGCACAUGAUAUUGUAUGCAGAGAGAAAACCUUUCACCAGAUUAGGAAACGAUCAUUAAGUUUAUUUUUUUGGGUUUUUUUUUUUUUUGGCCUAACAGCUUUAUUGCUAUAAAAGCAAGGGGCUAAAAUGUAUUUUGUUGAUUGAGAUUGAAGAUGGAUUUUGUGAAAAACAGGAAUAAAAGCAUCAGUGAUUGAUGAACUGUCCUGUAGCACUGCAAAACUGUGUUUGUGUAUUUGUGUGUCACUGUCUCUCUGCUAACUUUGCUAACAGGCACGGUAACUUCUCUAGGUUUAUGAUCGAAUGCUAAGUUUUGUAAAGAUUUUCCCCAUAUUUCAUGGAAUUUUCACCACUCUUUAAGAAACUGCAGCUCUGGUUCUUGUAUGUUUGGUUUGUUCACAUUGCUAUAGGACACCUUGGAUGGCGUCUCGCUGUGGACUCGCAUGGCACCGUUGUCCAUUCUCUGCUCUCAACGCGACCCGGAUUGCUCGAGUAACAGCAAUUCUCUAGACAGCAGAUACUGAGCCUGUACUGUUCUACUUCCCUCCAUUCAAGCCCGCCGUAUCGGUUUCCUUCCGUGAUUAGUAGAGUUUUCCUGUGUACUAAAAGUCGUCCACUCGUAUAAAAGGAAAAACUUCAACUCGAGAGGGUUCGGCUGCUCAGCCCUUUGGAGAGCAGAAAAUACACGGCUUUACUGUGUUGGAAAGCAGAGUAGAGGAGCUGGCCAAAUGCAAGACCUGUUAGUAGCAACGCAACAGUAGAGUGAUGUGCAGUACAGUGCUACCUUGCGUAUAAAGACAGACCCUGAUGUACUUAACACUGCAGCCUGUUGUCUGAACUUGACGCUCAACCUGGAGGAAGAACCUGCAUAUGGAGCACUCGGAAGGUCGGCGUGUAACCCCAGA